AUGGGUCAAAAUUCUGGUAGUGACUUACGUAAAAUCUUUGAACAUCUUUCUGGUAAAAAGCAGACAAACAAUCGUGCAGAAAUUUAUGCAGCAAUUUGUGCUCUUAAGACUAUUAAUUCUAAUAUAGAUAUUGUAAUUAAUACAGAUAGCACAUAUAUUAUUUAUUCUUACAAUAGUGAUCUUCCCAAG